CCGUUGUAGUUACUGGUAACACGUACGGCAGGUAGGUAGGCGACAUAUCCAGGUGGGACACGCACCAGUGAACAGCUGAAGAAGAGCCUUCAUUUAACAAUUCCAGAGGACUGCUUUUCCCCCCUCUUUUAAUCUCUAUUAUACACUUCUGUGUCGUUUUCUCUGAAUUAAUUGACAAAGAACAUUACUAAUCUCUUGGCGACAACGGCCUGCAGGUGCACCUCGGAAAACAGCCUGAGGGAAGUUUCAAAACUACCAGAGGUCGAAGGAAAUAAAAAAAGACAGAGGAGUUCCGGUGGACGAGAAGAAGUAGAUAGGUUUGUUCGUUUUUUUUAGUUUUAAUUUUGUCGCAGGUGGCAAACCCUGAUGGAUUACAUGGAUAGUGGACUGAGAUACACCCCAAACUCGGACAAAGACUGGGACACGAAUGUCCAGUUCCUGCCAGCUUCUGAUAACAAAAAGCUUGAGAAGAAAAAGGGUCCGGGAAAAAUUGGGGCUGUGAUCGGUGUGGUCAUCUUCGCUGCCGUGGUUGCGCUUAUGACUGGACUGCUAGUCUGGCAUUUCCACUUCCGUAAAGAUGUUCGUAUCAAGAGGAUGUACAGCGGCUCCAUGCGGAUCACCAACCAGGUGUUUGAAGAGGCCUAUGAGAACUCCAACAGCUCCGAGUUUAAGGCACUGUCGAGGCAGGUGAUCACACAGCUCAAAACCAUUUACUCCAAGAGUCCACAACUGGCAAAAUACUACAAGGGUUCCACAGUUCAAGCUUUCAGUGAAGGAAGCGUAAUUGCUUACUACCUCUCUGAGUUCAACAUCCCUUCAGGCCAAGAGGCAUCCGUCGACGGCGCCAUGGCGACAGUGGACAGGCUCGUGGAAAAAGAGCAGCGUGCGCUGAACAGACCUGGCAACGCUCUGGUCCUUGAUGAUGUGGUGUCUUCAGCACUGGAUACCCGUCUGGUUUCUGGAUCGUUCAGCAGAUUUUUGAGGUUUUCCGAACACACAAGGUCAAAUUACAUCGGGCAGAUCCAAUCCCCUGGCUUCCCCAACAGUCCGUAUUCCUCCAACACCUUCAUCCAGUGGCAGCUGAGAGCCGAUCCAAACUACGUCAUCAAGUUGGACUUCGACACCAUGAACCUGGAGGACGACUGCAGGAAUGAUUUUGUCAAAAUCUACGACUCCCUGGUGGCCAUCGAGAGUCGCGUUAUGGAGGAGAUGUGUGGAUACUAUUCACCCAGUGAAAAACUCACAUUUCUGUCCUCUGGUAACGUCAUGCUGGUGACUAUGGCCACGAAUGAUCGAGAAAAUUACCCAGGGUUCAGAGCAAAGGUCUCACAAGUCCGCCGUGGAACUACAGGCACCACAUGCGGUGGUCAGCUAACUGGCCAAAAGGGCACUUUCUCUUCCCCCAAUUUUCCAAAUUACUAUCCUCCUCGUCUCACAUGUCAGUGGUCAAUUGAGGUCCCUACUGGCAAGUCAGUGAUGUUGAAAUUCAAAAAGUUCCUCCUGUCUGAGCCCGGGCAGGACAGCAGCAAAGGCUGUUAUAAAGACUACGUGGAGGUCAAUGGAAAGAAAUUGUGUGGCGAACAACCUGAUGGAGUAUUAACAGAAACGAGCAAGUCAAACAAAAUGUCCGUGGUGUUUUACUCCGAUUCCUCCUACGUGGACCGAGGCUUUGACGCCGAGUUUGAGGCCAUCGAUGUUAAAGACCCUUGUCCAAAGCAGUUCCAGUGCAACAACCAGCGUUGCAUUAAAUCUGAACUCAGUUGCGACGGCUGGAACGACUGUGGAGACAUGAGCGAUGAGUUAAAAUGCAAGUGCAGCCCCGAACACAUCAGUUGUAAAAACGGACUGUGUAAGCCAUCGUUCUGGAAAUGUGACGGUAUUGAUGACUGUGGUGACGGCACAGACGAGCUCAACUGUGGUGGAUGCAAAUCCGGACAAAUCGCUUGUAGGAAUAGCAAAUGUGUCUCUGAGAAGAAUCGCUGUGACGGUAAGGACGACUGUGGGGACGGAUCGGACGAGCUCGACUGUGGCAGAGGCUCUGCAGACACUGACACACGCUGCAGUGACGUAAGCUAUAAAUGUAAAAACAACAAGUGCAUCAGCAAAGUGAACCCAGAAUGUGACGGCACACAGGACUGCGAGGACGGGUCAGACGAGGAAAACUGCGACUGCGGGAGGAGCAUGUUUAAGACAUCACGUAUUGUGGGCGGUCAGGACACAGAAGAAGGGGAGUUUCCCUGGCAGGUCAGCCUCCAUGUGAAAGGUUACAGUCAUGCGUGUGGAGCUUCCAUCAUCAGUCCACGCUGGCUGGUCACCGCCGCUCACUGUGUGCAAGAUGACGGCAAGACAAGAUACUCUCAGCCCGGCACGUGGGAAGCCUACCUCGGCCUCCACACCCAGCGCAAGAUUGGAGGUGCGGUGGUGAAGAGGAACCUCAAGCAGGUCAUAUCCCACCCCAACUACAACGCGUUCACCUACGACAACGACAUUGCCCUGAUGGAGCUCGACAGUCCAGUCACCUACUCUGACUAUAUCAAGCCCAUCUGCUUACCAGCUCCCCAACAUGACUUUCCAACUGGUAACACUGUUUGGAUCACAGGGUGGGGUGCCACUCGAGAAGGAGGAUUUGCUGCAUCAGUGCUCCAAAAGGCCCAGGUCCGAAUCAUUAACCACUCUGUGUGUGAUAAAUUGAUGGGAGGGCAGAUCACCUCUCGGAUGUUGUGUGCUGGAGUGCUGACCGGAGGAGUCGAUGCUUGUCAGGGAGACUCCGGUGGUCCUCUUUCCAGUCCAUCCGGCAGUCGCAUGUUCCUGGCCGGUGUGGUGAGUUGGGGCGACGGCUGUGCCCGCAGGAACAAACCUGGCAUCUACACAACUGUCACCCAAUUCCGUGGGUGGAUCAAAGAAAAGACGGGAGUUUAGACAACUGUGAAAUGGUCUGACAAGGCCAAAUUCAAUGUAGUGGCCCCCCAACUCCUUGUCUGGCUGGAAUGGAAAAUGGUUUCAGGAGCAAUUGCAACACUUUUUCCACUGCAGUUUUUAUGGGCAGGGUUUAUGAAAUGUGUAAAUAAGUCUGUUAUUUUUGUGAUGAAUUUUUGUUUUGUUGUUGCUGUUUUUAGUUUCUUUUAAUGGAGAGCGAAUGUUAGGUGCACAGUAAAUAGAUUUCAGUUGUGAUCAUUACACUCAUUUGAAACAUGCAUCCUUUUACUCUGUUGUUUUAUGGAAAGAAAAAAUAAUUUUUCUUGCUGUCUUUGUUUUCAAUUUUAUGAAUUGAAAACUAAAUGGCAGCAAGCUCCUUCCAUCUUACCUCCUAUGGCUUGGUAUUUUAUGCAUUUUAUAAUUGAUUUUUAGUCCAGAAAAAAUCUCUGCCUGCCACUGGCCUCCUCAUAAUGGAUGGUAUUUUAACUUUUGAAUGCUUUUCUAUUGGCAUAAAACACAGAGUAAUGUUGUGGGUUUUGUUUGAGUGGAAUCGUUCGUGUUAUUAUUAUGCAAAUGUGACCUUUCACCGCAAUAUUAGAACGUCUGUCUUUUUAAAUCUGUGUAAAUGUGUACAUGAGAUGUUUUUUAAAUAAAAUAUUUCUAAUAUAA